AUGGGGCGUCUCACGGAAUACCAGGUCAUCGGGCGACAUCUGCCCACAGAGGCAAACCCCACGCCAAAACUGUAUCGCAUGCGCAUCUUCGCUCCGAACACCGUCGUUGCAAAGUCAAGAUUCUGGUUUUUCUUGAUGAAGCUACGAAAAGUGAAGAAGGCAAAUGGUGAAAUUGUGUCCAUCAAUGUGAUCCACGAGAAGCGCCCACUGAAGGUUAAGAACUUCGGUAUCUGGAUUCGUUACGAUUCGCGUUCCGGCACACACAACAUGUACAAGGAAUAUCGGGAAAUGUCGCGGACUGAUGCUGUUCAAGCACUCUAUCAGGAUAUGGCUGCCCGCCAUCGUGCCAGAUUCCGGUCCAUCCACAUCCUGAAAGUUGUCGAGCUCGAAAAAGCCGACCUUAUCCGACGACCAUAUAUCAAGCAGCUCAUCACCAAGAAUCUCAAGUUCCCUCUCCCCCACCGGGUUCCCAAGGCUUCAACCAAAAAGAUAUUUGCAGCUCAAAGACCUUCGACUUUUGCUUAA